AUGACGGAUACAGAGUCGGAUACAGAGCCGGACAGCUCCCCAAAUAGGGCGGCGCCGCAAACGCCGCCCAGGAGUACUAAGGCGUUCCUCCAAACUUGGUCAUCCUCGCAUCAGGUUUCUACAACUCCUAAAUCUUCACCACCAGCCUCGCCGUCGUUAAGUCUUCAUUCGUUAGGAAUGUCUCCAUUUUCUUCAAUACGCCGCCAAUUCCCAUCGCACUUUGCUAGGUCACCCUCAUCUCUACACGAAACGGAGCGUUCUGAACAAGAGGAUCUUGUACAAGAUAGCAAAGAUGUCCUCGUGCAGCGACUAAACGAUCUGGCUGCCCAAUUAAUGCGCCAAGACUACCUUAAGGAGGAAAAUGUCUACAGUCUUCAUACCAAAGUGGACGAAAUGGAGAGGGCCUUAUCUACGAGGGAACAUCCAUCUAGGCGGACACUGCGGAGAUCUAGGCCAACCAGCUUAGCACUCCCGAACAGCAGCAGCAGUGCACGAGACUCAUUAUGGGGGUCUCUCACACCGGGGCGGAUUGUGCCUAGUAUUUCGAAUGUGCCAUUGUCUAGUCAAAGAUCUACAUCGACACAGACGGAUGAGAGCCUCGAGGGGGCCAGAAUUGUCGCCGCCGAAGGAAGUAGGAUAUCACGAGCUCAGGCUGAUCAAAUUGUCGCAGAGGCGCAGAACCUAAGCAAAGAAUUAGAGGGUCAUAUUCACGAAAUGCUUAUCAUGCGGGCGGAACGCGCUGCGCAGAGAAUCAUCUAUCUUGAAAAGCGGGUCAGGGAACUCGAAAGCGAAAGGAAUGAAGGUGAGAUGGAGAUGCUCAACCUACAGAUCCAGCUAAAGGCGAUUGAGGUUCAGUGCCUGAGCUACAUUCCCAAGGAUGCCGAUGAGGAAUUGCGAGAAAGCAUUUCUGCGUGGAAGACCGAAUGGUCCACUUUGAAGCGAAAGAGAGCGCGGAGAAAAGCUGGGACCGGCGAGGGCGAAGAUCCUGGAAUACAAGGAACCCCAACCCGGCAGCCGAGAAACAUGGCUUCCCCAGGCUGA